AUGGAUGUGGGCAUGGAUAGUAGGUGCCUCAAAACUGAUAACCUUCUAGAGGAUCCGGACGUGAAGAAUGCUCCGUGGUAUGCAGGCAGUUGUGACCGGCGUACAGCGGAAGCAGCUCUCCUCCAAUUUAACAAGAACGGUGCCUUCAUGGUACGGCAGAGUUCCCACCACUCUGCCAGCCAGCCCUUCACCUUGGUGGUUUUCUACAAGAACCGUGUCUACAAUGUCCCUAUCCACUACCAGGAAAGCAGCUGCCAGUUUGCGCUUGGCAAGGAUCCCAAGAGCCAUGAGCUGUUUGACAGUGUCUCCAGCAUCAUCCAGAAGUACUCAGAGCGCCCCCUGGUGCUGAUUGACGGCAGUACUUCUGCCAAGGAGCAAACUCUCCUCUUGUUCACUGUGACGCCCUGAAAAUUGGUGCCAGCCAUGCUGAGUGGAUCCCCAGUUUCAGCUAGGCGCCCUGGGAGUAGUUUCGAGGUGCAAGGACAAAAGGUUCA